AUGGAUUGUUAUGUUGGUGGUGGUGGUGGUGGUGGUGGUGGUGGUGAAAUGAUGAUGAUGGCGAUGGUAGCGGUGAUAGCAAUGAUGAUGAUGACUGAUGAUAGGAUGAAGGAAAAAGGAGUUAGUGUGAUGGUGAUGGUGAUGGUGAUGAUGAUAAUGAUGACGAUGACGAUGCUGACGUUUGCUUUCCUUCCUCUUCUCGCGAAGAAGACAUGCAUUGAUACAAUUGAUAGAACGUACGCGGAUCAACCAGCUCGCAUUCUAUUUCUCGAUCUCGAAGAAUGUAUGAAGGUGCUACGGUCGCUUGAGCUGUGCGAUGCAAUGCAAUGCGAUGCGAUGCGGCCUGUUAGCACCAAUGAAACUCGAGCAGCAUACGGCGUGCGAUCUCGCGAUCAUUUAUAUCGUUUGCGUGCUGCUGCUGCUGCUGCUCAUUUCUGUGACAUCUGUCCAUUUGACGAACGAGUCGCUGAAAAGAGGAAAUUGGAGGAGAAGGAUACUGAAAAUGGUGUGGCUGCCAAAGGAGCAAAAAUUGAGAAUGGAAUCGUUGCGGCAACAGGUGAUGCGCAAGUCAGAGAUUUGAGACCGGACAAGAAUACUCCUUUGAAAGAAAAUAAAGAGAAGACAACUAAUGAAAAUCAUGAUGGCGAACACGAAGAAGAUGGUGAGGAAGCAGCAGAUGGCGAAGAAGGUAUUGAAGAAUCGAGCGGUGGUGAAGAUGAUGAAAGUUUAGGUGAUGAGGAAGAUGGAGGUAGCGAAGAUGAUGAGGCAAGCAUUGGAUCUGAGGAAAGCGAUGGCCAAGGUGAUGGUGAAGGGGGUGAUUUUGGUGAUGAUGACGAUGUGGAAGGUGAAGAAGGUGGUGAAAGCGAAGAGUAA